UCAUGAACAGUACGAAGAAUAAUGAGUCUGGUUCAUGUUUAUGAGAGUAGCAUAGAGCGACACAGUACACAGACACCAUCAUGAUAUCCUAUUUCCUAAUUCUGCUUCUCAUGUUAUGUGCUCAUGACUUUCUUCCUCCUACCCGUGCCCAAUUAGUUCCCACAAUUGAGAAAUUAGCACUAGCUCAAAAUGGAAGAACAAUUCUCUAUGAAUUGGAAUCCAAAAUCAGUCACAUGACACCAGGAAAUAAUGGUAAAAGAACUACUGUAGUAUCGUAUAGAGAUCAGACUCUCUCCCGCCAUACUCAGCUUCAUCUACAAAAGGUGCAUGGGAUUCUAAUCAUUGUAGGAUGGGGAACUUUGCUUCCAAUAGGAGCAAUCAUUGCAAGGUUUUUCAAGUGGAAACAAUGGUUCUGGUGUCACGUACUGUGCCAAACACUAGGAUACAUUGUGGGCACAAUCGGCUGGUGCAUUGGGAUAUGGCUUAGAACCCUUUCAAAACAUUAUUUGUCUAAACUCCAACUUGCACUUACCAUCAUUACCUUCACAAUCAUAAACUUACAAAUGCUUUCCGUGUUGACGAUGAGGUUAAAUAAAGAAGGUGGUUAUCGCAAGUGGUGGAACAUAUGGCACCAUGCUACAGGGUAUGCUGCAAUUGGAAUGGUUGUAGUAAGCAUAUUUGCUGGGAUAAGCACUGAAAAAGAAGCUGAAAUUUUGAUGAAGGCUUAUACGGUGAUAAUUGGAGUACUGAUUGUUGUAGCCGUACCAUUACAAAUGUUCAGAUUCAAGUCUACCAUAAAGAAACAGUUUAUGCGAAUGACUACCAGCUUAAGACGAUCACAGAGCAUUUAGCUUAAUUAAGUAAUUAACUUUACGACCAUUUGUACAAAGAUUAAUAACCAAUAGUCGCAAGAAAUUGCUAGUGCAGCAAAGUUAUAAUCUUAGAGGAAGUAUAGGGAGUACGUUGGGGUUUAGGGAUGUUCGAUUCAGUAGGAUAUCAGAUGUUUAUUAUUAUUUCUGGUACCGGAUGAUUAGUCUGGAUAGUAUGAGUGUAUUGUAUUUGAG